UUCAUCGUCGAUUCACGAAGAGCUAUCUAGACGAAGAUCGAGAGAGAUGUACGAAGUUCAAGACAUAAGGAAGCACCGGCCGGUUGAAUCAUUCGACACCGGCGACAUUUUGGUCAUAUACUUCCAGGAUUCUGACAUUUACUCCGAUGAAUUCAAAUCGAGGUUCAAGCUCACCACAGACCUCGUUCUCUUCUUCUCUAAUGAUCCAGGAAACAAUUUACUAUCUCAGACUAAGGAUGAUGAUGGAAUAUAUGUUCUGCCAGUUGACUUCCAACAGUUUCGAAAGAUCUGUUAUUUAAAAGAAUUUUACACUCUGCUAGAGGAAAAACCCAAGGAAGCUUUAGCAUGCCUCAGUGCAGCAGUUCACAGGGUUCUUAUUAUUGAGUUAGGAGAAGACUUAUUUGAGGACAAUGCAAAAGUAAAUAUCCGCCUGCACAACUAUCCUGAAUCUAUUAUUACUCUGAAGAACCUAAAAGCAGCAUACAUUGAUAGGCUCAUAUCUGUGCGUGGCAAUGUUGUAAAAGUGAGCACUGUGAAGCCUCUAGUGGUAAAGAUGAGUUUUUCUUGCAGCAAAUGUGGAGCCAAUAUUUCACGAUUUUUUCCAGAUGGGAAAUUCUCCCCACCACCAUCAUGUGUCAUUCAAGGUUGCAAGAGCAGGACUUUCACUCCCAUUAGAGCUACUGCUCAGACCAUAGACUUCCAGAAAAUAAGACUACAAGAGAUGCUGAAAUCUGAAAAUCACGAAGAAGGACGAGUGCCACGAACUGUAGAAUGUGAAUUGACUGAUGAUCUAGUAGAUGCAUGCAUCCCUGGAGAUGUUGUGACUGUAACUGGUAUUAUAAGAGUGAUCAAUAAUUACAUGGACAUAGGAGGAGGAAAAUCGAAAGGCAAAAAUCAAGCAUUAUACUACUUGUAUCUGGAAGUUGUUUCGAUUAAAAAUUCUAAGUCACAAUCGCAACCUGAGGAUUUAGAAGAUAAUCCCUCUAAUGCUAGAGCGUCGCAAUUGCUUGAUUUGUUCACAUUUUCACCAAGAGACUUGGAAUUCAUUGCAAAGUUCUCAGAUGAGUUUGGUCCAGAUGUAUUUCGUCAAAUAGUUCAAUCAAUUUGCCCCUCUAUCUAUGGACACGAGCUUGUUAAAGCGGGAAUUACUUUAGCUUUAUUUGGAGGUGUAAGAAAACAUUAUACAGAUAAGAACAAGGUCCCUGUCAGAGGAGACAUCCAUGUCAUAAUUGUUGGUGAUCCUGGACUUGGAAAGAGUCAAUUAUUACAAGCAGCAGCGUCUAUUUCUCCACGUGGUAUUUAUGUGUGUGGUAAUGCUACAACAAAUGCUGGUCUUACUGUGGCUGUUGUGAAGGAUGCUUUGACAAGUGAUUAUGCUUUUGAGGCCGGUGCCAUGGUACUUGCUGACAGUGGACUCUGUUGCAUUGAUGAGUUUGACAAAAUGUCAGCAGAACAUCAGGCCCUUUUGGAAGCAAUGGAGCAACAAUGUGUUUCUGUUGCCAAAGCUGGACUUGUAGCAAGCUUAUCAGCACGAACUUCUGUCUUGGCAGCGGCAAAUCCUGUUGGGGGCCACUACAAUCGCACAAAAACUGUCAACGAAAAUUUGAAAAUGAGUGCUGCUUUAUUAUCGCGAUUCGAUUUGGUUUUCAUAUUGCUUGAUAAGCCUGAUGAGUUGCUGGACAAGAGGGUCUCGGAGCACAUCAUGUCACUUCAUGCUGGAAGUGGAGAGUACUCACCUGCUGCUAAGAAGUUGAAGGGAAACCAGAACGCUAGUGAUAUAGUUCUGAGCAUAAAAAGUGGUUCUCUAGUAUCAAGGCUGAGACUUGACCCUCGGAAGGAUCACAACUUUGUUCCUUUACCUGGCCCUCUUAUUCGGAAGUAUAUUGCUUAUGCUAGAACUUAUGUCUUCCCUAGAAUGUCAAAACCAGCUGCAGAAAUCCUACAGAGGUUCUACUUACAAUUGAGAGACCACAGUACAUCUGCUGAUAGCACGCCUAUAACUGCAAGACAGUUGGAAAGUUUGGUAAGACUUGCACAAGCUCGAGCCCGAUUAGAAUUAAGAGAGGAAAUUACAGCUCAGGAUGCACAAGAAGUUGUUGAAAUAAUGAAAGAAUCAUUGUAUGAUAAAUAUGUUGAUGAACACGGGUUUGUUGAUUUUGGUCGGAGUGGAGGGAUGAGCCAACAGAAGGAAGCAAAACGAUUCCUUAGUGCCUUGAAUAAACAGUCCGAGUUACAACAAAAAGAUUGCUUCUCAAUAUCAGAGAUAUAUAGUCUGGCAGAUAGGAUUGGUUUAAGAGUGUCGGAUAUUGACACGUUUGUUGAUAACUUAAACAGCGUUGGUUAUCUUCUGAAGAAAGGGCUAAGGACAUAUCAGGUGUUAUCAUCGUCUUAUUCGCGAACUUAACUGUCUGUCUCUUGCCGGUUGUAAUUGGGAGUCCCUUCUGCUUAAGCACGAGGCUUCAUAUUGGUUUUGGCAGAAGGUAACAUUCUCGGCUCUACCAAAUACUAAUAUUCUCAAUGGUUCUUGUUUAUUCAGUUAAGCUCAAACUGUGGGACCUAAAAUCUAGUUGAAAAUUUUGUACACAAGUUAAAAUUGAAUGAGAUACUAACAUAAAGGCUAUUAAACAUUUUUUUAGUGU